CUUCAGCCAGCAAAGGAGGACGUGUAUUUGGCAAAUAGCCUAGUCUGAAAUUCUUGUGCAUCUAAGUAUUCGUUUAUUUUUAUUUGUGUGUGUGUUCCCUUUAUUCUCAAUAUAUUUAAAAAGGCAGGUGGACAUCUGAACUUGCGCACAGACUAGCCUACUUAAAUUUCGGCAUUUGUUAGAUAAACCUCACAGAUUUGUGGCACCAUGGGUUCCGUGUUGCCCGCUGAAGCAUUGGUGCUGAAGUCUGGAUUUAAACAACAGAGUUUGUCUCUAUCUGAAAUUAUCACCUCCGACAUCCUGCAUAGUUUUCUCUAUGGUAGAUGGAGGAACGUGCUUGGGGAACACCUUUUGGAGGAGAAGAUAAACGUCAGUCCCAAAACAGCUUUCACCGCAGAGGUCCUUGCGCAAUCAUUCUCAGGGGGUGAGUCAAUUGGAUGUUGAUGUUUUCAUUUCGAAUUAUGCAGGCCUUUAUUAUUUGUAUCCUUUCAACUGUUUCCAUGUCUUUAUCCAUGUAUAGCCUGUUUAUAUAUUAGUAUUAAGUAAAACAAAGUUACGUAUAUUUUAUACAUAUUAUUGAGUUUCAUUAUUUUGAAUUUAAUAGGUCACUAAAGUGUGUUGAUAAUUUUGAACUUAAUUCAAGUGUUGAAAUGCCGUCUGUCUAGAAGCCGCACAUAGCCUAACUGUGAACAAUAAGUGAUCAAAUUCACAUAGCCUAUAGGCUUACAGAAUUUUCCAGAAAACCCUUUCUAAAGUUUUGUUCUGGUCCCCAUGCACUUUUUCAUUUAAUUUAAUUUAUUUCCAUCCCAUUAAGCGUAUUAACCGUUUCACGACAUGAUCCCACGUAGCCUAUUUAGAGGCUCGUUUAGGAUCGCGUGUAACUAACUGAUGGUGACUUAAAUAGGGGUAUUCAAUUCAUUUGGUUAACGUUGUGCUUGACCUAAGAAAGUUUCCACACAGACCACGGACUAUAGAGGGAAAGAAAACCCCUUUCUUUUAAAUGUCCCGGGUUUUAUCUUGCAUUCAUCAAUCUCAGAAAAGCCCCUCUCCCCGGCUUUGGCAGCUAUUGCACACCAGGCACUUUUCUCUUUCAGUCGCCUUUAUUAAAGAUUGGUGUUCCUCCGUUAAUAUGCCGUGAAGGCUAAUUCUAUUGCUAUUCACACCAUGUCAGCCUUCUAAAUCGCCUUUCCAUUUUUUUUCUCAGAAAUUCCAGGGCCUUUUUAAACAAGUCCUCAUUUCAUUGGCCCUAAAUGUAUUGCUACAAAGUUUUUAUAGGGAUCAUCAAUGUGAAAUUAUAUAUUUCUUUCUACUUGCAUUUAGCAUUUAAUUAGUGUAGAGGCCCAUCACAUCCAAAGCAUAACAAAUUGCUGCAUUCAGGUUGGAAAAGGAGCAUUUAACCCUUUUCUGCUUAGGCUGAAAUUACAUUUAACUGGUUUUCACACCCCUAUAUGAUUAGGCAACCAAUGAACAAUGCUUGUAUAAAAUUGAGUUCAUAAAAAGACAUGAAGACAUUCUGUAAUAUUUGUAACAAUACUAACAACAUUUGUUGUCAACUGGGCAAAUUGAUGGCUCAUGAUAUUCAAUAACCCUUUUGUGAAAGCACUGAUUUCUGCUGCGAAGUGCAAUUUCAUGGGAAAGCAUUGAGACCAGCGAUGGCAAUUGCAGCCUAGACAACAGAAAUGUUACAUGAAAUUGCUACAAUAUAGGUAUAGGUUACCAUGCUAAAUGUCCCUCUCUGUUCCCCAGAGGUUCACAAGCUCUCCAGUCUGGUGUUGCCAAGUGAAGUGAUAAUAGCCCAGAGCUCCAUCCCUGGCGAGGGCCUAGGAAUCUUCUCCAAGACCUGGAUCAAAGCUGGGACAGAGAUGGGGCCUUUUACUGGCCGAGUCAUCUCACCUGAGCACGUGGAUCUCUUCAAGAACAACAACCUCAUGUGGGAGGUAAGCAAAGGUGGAGUGUGCAUGCAUGUAGCAGAAAAGACACUGGUAGGUCAUGUACAGGCUUACACCCCAAUGCUAGUCAUGUAACAAUUGUUUGUCACAUACAACCACAUACACAUGAAAAUGAUAUAUAGGAUAGGAUCAGUUUAUCGCUUAUAUUGACACUCCAUUGUUUUUGUGUGUUCCCUUAGGUGUUCAAUGAGGAUGGUACUGUGCGUUACUUCAUUGAUGCUAGUCAGGAGGAUCACCGCAGCUGGAUGACCUAUAUCAAAUGUGCCCGCAACGAGCAGGAGCAGAACCUGGAGGUGGUUCAGAUUGGCAGCAGUAUCUUCUACAAAGCUAUGGAGGUGAGAUUGACCCACAUAACUAGAAUGAGUAGAACGGGGAUCCUCAUUCAAGUCAAUGAUCCCAUUCUAUGAGAUUCAAUUUCUAUGGUUAGACCCCUAGAACAGUGUUAUUUCAUUACAUUGUUGUUAUUAUCACGACUAUUCACAUUAUUAUUUCUAUAUGCACUACAUUCUACCUCUACAUGAUAUUCUACUAAUAAUAAUACAAACUCUAUACUAAUACUAAAUUCACAAGAAGUUGUCUUACAGACCCAAGUGAGCUGGGCAUUUUGUGUGUUUGUGUGUUCUUAGUAAAUUAGUCAGUGAGUAAAUCAAUCAAUCAGGCAGUCAUUGGUUAUGAUGUAUUGUUGUGUCGUUUCUGCUGUUCUCUUUAUUCCAUAAAAGUCAUGUAUUUUGUAUGUCAAUCCUCCGCAGACCAUUCCCCCCGACCAGGAGCUGCUAGUGUGGUACGGAAACUCCCAUAACACAUUCCUGGGGAUUCCCGGAGUUCCAGGAAUGGAGGAUGACCAGCAGAAAAAGAGCAAAACCGGUGAGUCUUUAGUCGGAAAUGACUUGGGCCAAGCGAUGCAGAUGGGCUUUUCACUAUCGCUUUCUGAAAUAGGCUGCCAAAGUUUAGAUGUAUUUAUUUCAUGUACAAAAUUGAGAGUGUUUGUCGAGAUGAGUCUGACUCUGUUCUCUCUCUCUCUCUCCUAGAUGAGUUUCAUAUUUGCGACGGCUCCACCUCCUCGUCCUCUGCCCUGCCCACCACCGCUAGCCGGAUGCGCUGCGUCAUCUGCCACCGGGGCUUCAACUCACGCAGCAACCUGCGUUCCCACAUGCGCAUCCACACCCUGGACAAGCCCUUCGUGUGUCGCUUUUGCAAUCGGCGCUUCAGCCAGUCGUCCACCCUGCGCAACCACGUGCGCCUGCACACUGGCGAGCGGCCAUACAAGUGCCACGUGUGCCAGAGUGCCUACUCUCAGUUGGCAGGACUGCGGGCGCACCAGAAGAGCGCCAGACACCGGCCCGGUGGUGCAGGGGGAGUGGUGGUAGGCCUCCACCAGGCACACUCCCCCCCACCCCCCCAGAUGACAACAGUGCCCCACCCAGCCUCUCUGGUGCACCACAUCUCCACCAUGGUGCUGUGA